AUGAAAAAGAGUAAUGUACAGUUAUUUGGUCAAGAUGAUAUGGGAAAUACUCUAAUAAAAUCAAAGGGUAGAACAUCAUUAAUUUCAAAAAAAAGAGGUCAUAAAAGAGGAAUGAGAAAUAGAAUGGGAAGUAGAAUAGGGAAUAAGAGCAGCGCUUCGUCAGUUACAGAUGGCUCUUUAAAGAAAAGUGAUGAUGAUGAUAAUCAAUCAAUAAAAAAAGAAAAUAGUUCAAAUAAUUAUAAUAAUACAUUAUUAAAUAUUGAAGAUGUAUAUAGUGUAAGAAUUAAAAAUAGGAAGAUGGAAUUUUUGGCUAGCUUAAAAAAUGCAUCACCACAAUGGGUAGAAGAAUCGAAUAUUCGAAGUACAGGGCAUUUAAAUAUAAAAGUUAACGAUUUUAAAAAAUAUAUUAAGAGAAAAAAAACAUCUAAAGGAAGUAGAAUUGUUAUUAAAAAUUUACAUAAUGUUGGAGAUGAAUUAUAUAUAUCAGUUAUACAUAACAUAAAUAAUAAAGAAAUUCAUAGUUUAUAUCCAUCAAAAGUUAUCGAAUAUAUAUACCCUCAAGAGCUUUUAAACUUUCUUUUAUCAAGACUUAGAUAUAGAACAGUUUAA